AGAGAGAGAGAGCGCGCGCGCUGCUGUUGGGUGUUUGAGGUGUUGAAUUGGCAGGUGGUUGUGAAACAUGGGCUGCUUUUACUCCAAAAAACCGAGGAGAAAAUCUCCAGAUAAACAUCCUGCUGUGGCUUCAGAGGGCUCUCACAACAACAGCGGUAACCAGGAGGAACCCAAACAGUACAGCUGGGACAAACGGGAGAAGGUCGAUCCUAAAGACUUCACGCUGAGCGGUUUGAAGGACGUCACCGAUGGCCGUCUGCCUGAAAAACUAAACGGUCAGCAGUUCGUCAUCCAAGAAUGCGAGAACUGCAACAUCUACGUGUUCGACCACUCGGCGACGGUCACCAUCGACGACUGCGUCAACUGCCGCAUCGUGCUCGGCCCCGUCAAAGGCAGCGUCUUCUUCCGGAACUGCAGAGACGUUAAGUGCGUGGUGGCGUGCCAACAAUUCCGCACGAGGGACUGCAAGAAAAUGGACGUGUUUCUGUGCUGUGCCACGCAGCCCAUCAUCGAGUCUUCGACAGGCAUGAAGUUCGGCUGCUUUCAGUACUAUUAUCCCGAGCUGGCCUUCCACUUCAAGGAUGCGGGGCUGAGCAUCUUCAACAACAACUGGAGCAACAUACACGACUUCACACCCAUUUCAGGAGAGAACAACUGGAGUCUCAUGUCCGAGGACACCACCGUGUUGGAGCACGUUCCUCUUCCUGAUCCCGAGUCGGAGUUUAAGGGCGUCCGCGUGUCCGCGGAUAAGAACCGCAGCAUCGUCCCGUUGACUAAAGGAGGGAGGAGAAAGGAGAGCGAGGAGUCGUGUCUGUUCAUCUUCUUCGCUGGAGAUUACACCACGGCGAACGCUCGGAAGCUCAUCGACGAGGCGACUGCCAAGGGCUUCGUCCUGAUCCAGACCAAAGAGGUGUCCAUGCGCCCUGAAGACGUCAACAGGGUUUUCCAGAACAGCGCAGAGGAGCUCACCGAGUGGACGGCUAAAGGUCCCGUCGUGGCUCUCGAGCUGAACGGAGACGGUGUGGUCGAAGCUUGCAGGAUCAUCGCUAAUGAGGUGUUCAAAGGAACAAAGGUGUUUGUUUCCGAGAAUAAUAAUUCAGCUCAACAGGAUAUCGACAACUUUUUCAACUUUGCUGACAUGCAGUUAGGACUGUGACCGGAAACAGAAGCAAAUUCACUUUAAAUAGACACGUCUUUCUGUUCAGGUGAACUAGAGUUCAUGAUCUCGUUGUCAGUGAUAAAGCAGUCGCAGAGUCCACUUGCAAAUCUUUAUAAACCCGCAGUUCUCAGUUGCGGAGUCUGGGGACCCCUAGUGGUCAGGAGGUCAGAGUGGUGGAAAUCAAGACCCAGAAUUAUCAAAAUGAUUCUAUUUAUUAUAAUUAUUUUAGUCUGGAAUGAAACACAACCCACAGUAACUGAAUCUGAAUCGUAGCGAAGUUGAUUCUUUUGGUAUCAUUUCACGCUGCACAUAAUGAAAUGAAUCACUGCUUGUGUAUCGAGCUUAAAACGUCCUCGUGACAGGGGGGAGAUAAAUGAAAAACCUUUACCAAGUGCACGGAGAGAUCACAAGAGUCGCCCGAGCACGGAGAAUAUGGAGCCAGCGCUAAAGAAAUGACUAGGAGAUUAUCAAAAUAAUUAGUUUUAAACUUUUUAUGCAUCAUGUCCAGAUAUUAUUUUCUCUGUCACACGAUACACACAGCGUGUUUGAUCCACUUUCUCAACGGAGUUCACUCGGACCACCUCAGAAAUCACACUCGGAUCCGAGUGUAAUUUCCGAGAUCUCGCCUGAAUGAAUAAUCCGUGGAAAGGAAACACUUAGUCCUUCCAGUAAACAGGCAAAUUGGUCAAGGAGUCGAUGUUUAAAUAUUUAGAUUUGGUUCAUAAAAUUAAAUCUGUACUGAGCAUGUCCUUUUUUUAAAGCUCAAAAUGGCUGUCUGUAUACAAAAUCUUUGCUAACCCCUGGUUGAAACAACAACUUUUAUUUUUUUUUUUUACAUUUUAUUUUAUGCUGCUAAAUGUUACUUUUUUUUGGCAGGUUUUUUUUUUAGAUGUUCUGCUGCUUUUUCUGUUUUCUUGACUUGUUUUCAUUUUGUGACCGUGAAAAAAAAAAAAAACUAUGAAUGUCGUUGCUUUGUCAGUCGUGCUGAAAAUAAGUUAGCAUGUAGAUAUUUUAUUUAUCUGUAAGUGCAGGUCGAACUCGUUGGUUGCUGUGUAUAUAUGCUACAUAUCGUUUGUAAAUCAGGAAUUAUACUUGUAAGAACCGUGUUUUUUUUUUUUUUUUAAAUGACAAUCAUGUUGUCCUUUUUCUGUACUUUGCUGGAUUUUAUUUUUUUUUAAAGUGGACCAAUCUGACUUAUUUAUAGAAAUGAAUAUCUAAAGCUGAUGUGUUGCCAAUCUGAUGUCCCUGAAUGUACUGUUCUGUAAAGCUGUCUCUUUUACAUCCCCACUUUUUAUACUGAAAACAAUCUUUUACUUCUGUGACCAAGCUCAGUUUUUGUAUAGACAGAAAAACAUACUGUAAUAUUUUAACAUACUUUUGUAUGUUUUAUUGGUUCUUGAUUGUAUGAGGCAGUUUUGUAGAAAUGAAUGUACACUGAUUUUU